UAACAUUUCUCAAUCAUCAGACGUAGCGGAUUGGAAACAUUUGGCGGAAUAUUAACGUUAACCUUACAUAUAAUCGUGUAAGGCUGUGAGAUUAACCAGCAUCUCGUGAUGAUGGAGAAGAUUGUUAAAGAUGUUGGUGACAUUCAGUCGAGACUGAUUGAUCACAGGCCGGUCUUGCAAGGAGAAAUUAGAUACUUCAUCAGGGAGUUUGAGGAGAAGCGGGCUUUCAGAGAAUGCCGUCUGCUUGAAAAUCUGAAUAAGAUGACAUCAGACACAAAUGAACGUGAUCUGCCGCAGUGUAUUGAGAGUAUGCAGGAGAAACUAUGUGAUGCUCUCACACGACUUGAAGCAGCAAAUCAUAUGGCCCAGAGGAUCCAGCAGAGGGAGCUAGAGGCUGAGCAGAACACACAUCUGCAGAUGAGUGCGGAGAGGCGGAAGCAGGACUGGGAGGAAUUCCUGAAGGAGCAGUCUCGGCUGAAGGAGGAGGUGGAUGAGGAGCAUGUUAAAGCUGUGGGCCGACUCAGUGCUCAAUACAAUGACAUGAAAAAAGACCUGGCUAAAUACAGCAGCUUCUGAACCCCGAUGAAUGUUUUACUUAUAACAUAUCAGUGAAGUCCAGUUAUGUUCUUUUUCCAUUUUGUUGAUGGUGUCGGGGAUGGCAUUAAAGAAAUAUUUUAUACAAAAUGAAAA